CGUAAUUCAGAUGAACCGACAUGAGUCGAAGUACCGCCUGUCCGUCCGAUCAGCUGAUCGUCCUCGUAAAGACGUAAAGACCAAAACCGCUAACGCUAGCUUAACGUAGCCGGGGAUAACAACUAUGAAAGGACAUGGCGAUUUAAUACUCUAUUACAAGAUGCUGAUAAGGAAUUGAGCGUCUGGCCAACCAACCAGAUCGAAAGCUUUACGCGGAGACGAACCAUGUCUUAUCUCUGAGGAUGGGAGGAAGUGGAUCCAAAGCCAAAGGCGUCUGGCCUUUCUCGGGCAAUGGAACCGGAGGGGAUUCAGCCAGUGAUGGGAACGAGCAGUCCGUGACACGCCUCAAAGCUUCCACAAAAGCCACGCCGUUUGUUUUUACCAGGAGGAGUUCCUUGUACUAUGACGAGGAUGGAGACCUCGCCCACGAGUUCUACGAAGAGACCGUGGUGACAAAAAACGGAAGAAAAAAGUCCAAGUUGAAGAGGAUUCAUAAAAAUCUGAUUCCACAGGGAACUGUGAAGCUGGACCACCCCUGUAUACAUGUAGAUUUCCCCGUCGUCCUCUGUGAGGUGUGAAAAGUUGCACUGGACUGAUCUACUAUUGAGUGCAGCAGCUGGUUCUCCUCCCCGGAGCAACGUUUUGUCCCAGUAUCGAAGCAACAAAGUCAAGACUGGAGCCCGUGGUCGGGAGCGCAAAAUGAAAAGACCAAACUGGUGUAUGAAACUGACAUGCUGAAUGAAAUGUUAUACAUUUGAAUUCAACGACGUUCAGAGGGUUCCCUGUUCCCAAAUAUCCAUAUUUUUCGAUAUACGCGGAAGCAGUGUUGGUGCAGGUUGUGUGUCCACUACCCAGCUGACAUGUAAGCAGUCGUAGAGAGUACAGCAAAUUAAGUUGUAUUUCUCUUGUGGGUUUUUUUGCAGGGAAAAACAUCCAUUGAUGGCGAAAAAAAGGCUUUAACAAUUUAGGCCUUCUGUGAGAUGUUAAGUGAAACUGUUUGUGUCUUUGUAUGCGUACAUGUGUGCACUUAGAUUUGUUUGAGUGAGUGUGGGGAAACUCGGGACAGAAGAUAUUAGUUACAGGUUAGAAGAAAUAUAGUUUGUGAAAUUUAUUAUAUAUAUAUAUGGUCAUGUUCUGUAUUGUCGCGUCUGAGUCUUUCUCAGUAACCGGAGCUCAGACCUGCACUAGUGAACAUCAUGUUCUGUAAAUAAUAUCAGAUAUCUUAGUUGGAAAUACUUGAAUAAAUGGUUUACUGAGCAGAUGA